UUUUAGAGGACUGAAAAGAUGAAAAGAGAACACUGAGGUACAUAGAGGAAUGGCGUAAGUCCACUUGAAUUGUGGCCUUUUGAACAUUUUAAUGAACUGACUCUAGGUAUAAGCUCCUCAAUCCAGCCUUCUCUAGAGAAUUCAGCUAACUCAUCAGCCAUGCAAAAAUAUAGACUAGAAUCUAUAUUUACACAUCUAAGCACUGCAACUCUGAUGGUCCACCUCUUCCAGGACACAGAUCCAUAAAAGUCAGCUCUGCACCCUAAGCAGCUCAGAGGGAGGAGCCAGACCAGCAGUGCCUCACACCCUGCCCUCUUCAGCCCUGGACAGAUGGCUCCAUAAUGACAGCUCCAUAAUGGCAGUGGGUGAGGCCCUGGUGCACACCAGGGUCACUCUUCUGCUACUCUGGGUAGGAAUGUCUCUGUUCAUUUCUGGCCACUCUCAGGCAAGGCCCUCCCAGCACUUCUCCCCAGAAUUGGUGAUCCCCUUGAAGGUGACUGGCAGGGGCAGAGGUAUAAAAGGUCCAGGCUGGCUCUCCUACAGCCUGCAGUUUGGGGGCCAGAGACACAUUGUCCACAUGAGGGUCAAGAAGCUCUUGGUCUCCAAACCCUUCCCAGUAUUCACCUAUACAGACCAGCAUGCCCUCCACCAGGAUCAGCCUUUUGUUCCUGAUGACUGCUACUAUCAUGGUUAUGUGGAAGGAAUCCCUGAGUCCCUGGUUGCCCUCAGUACUUGUUCUGGAGGUUUUCGAGGAAUGCUACAGAUUAAUGACCUUGCUUAUGAAAUUGAGCCAAUGAGGUUUUCUGCCACAUUUGAACACCUGGUGUAUAAGAUAGACAGUGAUGAUACACAGUUCCCACCUAUGAGAUGUGGGUUAACAGAAGAGGAAAUAGCACGCCAUUUGCAGUUGAGGGCAUCAUAUAAUUCUACUCUGAUGCAAAGCUCUUACAUGGGCUGGUGGACCCACUUGCGCUUUCUUGAGCUGGUAGUAGUUGUGGACCAUCUUCGAUUCCUUUACUACGAAAGUAAUGUGACAGUAGUACAGCGUGAAAUAUUUGAUGUUGUCAAUCUAAUAGAUAUCUUAUAUUACCCUUUGGAGGUUGAUGUAAUUUUGACCGGGAUUGAAAUCUGGAGUGAAAGAAACCUAGUUGCCUCCGAUAACAUAGAACAGCUUAUGGAGGAUUUUGCUAUGUGGAAGUUUUUCAGUCUUGAUGCACGACUGCAUCAUGAUACUGCCCAUCUUUUCAUAAAAAAAUAUUUUGGCAUAAAGCUUGGAGUUGCCUAUGUCGGCGGAAUAUGCCAGCGUCCUUUUAACAGUGGAGUUGAUGUGUUUGAAGGGGACAGUCUGUAUAAUUUUGCACUUACUGUGUCCCAUGAACUUGGUCAUAAUUUGGGUAUGUCUCAUGAUACUGGACAAUGUGUGUGUGGGCUUCGGUGGUGCAUAAUGUAUCCUUCCCACAGGGUGACAACUCGGUUCAGCAAUUGCAGUUAUGCCCAGUAUUGGGACAACACUCUCACGAGUGGAUUAUGUAUUCACUCACCUCCAUAUCCAGGGAAUAUCUUGAGGGUACAGUACUGUGGGAACCUAGUGGUUGAAGAAGGAGAGGAGUGUGAUUGUGGGACCAUACGCCAGUGUGUAAAUGAUCCCUGUUGUCUGUUGAACUGCACUCUGAAGCCUGGAGCUACUUGUACUUUUGGAAUUUGUUGCAAAGACUGCAAGUUCAUGCCAUCAGGGACUUUGUGCAGACAUCACAUCAAUGAAUGUGACCUUCCAGAGUGGUGCAAUGGGACAUUUCAUCAGUGUCCAGAAGAUGUGUAUGUACAGGAUGGGAUUCCCUGUGGUGACGAUGCCUACUGCUAUAAAGGGAGAUGUAAUAACCAUGACAAACAGUGCAGGGAGAUUUUUGGCAAAGAUGCAAGGGGUGCAUCUCAGAGUUGCUACAAAGAAAUCAACACCCAAGGAAAUCGAUUUGGUCACUGUGGUAUCACAGACCUAAUAUACGUAAAAUGUGAGGCCCCUGAUAUUCUAUGUGGAAGAGUGCAGUGUGAAAAUGUGCGAGUGAUUCCCAGUCUGAUCCAGCAUUCUACAGUGCAUCAGCUUCACUUCAAUGACACCACUUGCUGGGGCACUGAUUAUCAUUUAGGGAUGGCCAUACCUGAUGUUGGUCAAGUGAAAGAGGGCACAGUGUGUGGUCCAGAAAAGAUAUGCAUCCACAAGAAGUGUGUCAAUAUGACCCAUCCACCACGAGACUGUCAGACUAACGAGACCUGCCACCUGCACGGAGUCUGCAAUAAUAAACAGCAUUGCCACUGCCACCAUGGAUGGGCGCCUCCUUACUGCAAGCACGCGGGCCAUGGAGGCAGUAUUGACAGCGGGCCACCUCCUGGGAAGCCUGUAGUAUUGGUAGAAGCAAAGCCAAUGUUGGGUUACCUGUCAUUAUUGUGGCUUAUUCCUUUUACUGCUUUCGUUUUAUUUUGCCUUCUUGUACUUUGUAAGCGAAAAAACAAAAGAGAGAGGGAAGAAGAGGAAAGCUAAGUCUCCUGCCUCAUUAAACAAAUCCCCAGUUCUUCUUUUAAUAGUAGAGAAACAUUACGGCAUGCCUGACUGUUUAAAGAAAAUGAUCCUUUAAGGAUCCUUCAUAUCAGGAUCAUAAGCAUUAAUACCACAC